UGACAGGCACCGAGGCUGUGUUUUUUGUGAUGCGACUGGAUGCGACUGACACGCCUCCAUGAUACGUAUCAUCCGCGAUGCCCAUAAGACAACCAGGACCACAGACGGAAGACCAGCCAUCGCCGAACCAGCCAUAUAGCGACAAUGCCUCCCCCGAGCCUCAUGUUUCUUUGAGCAGCAGCGGAGGGCUACGUGAGCCGGUCUCAUUCAAACGCAAGCAAAAAGAGCGCUCCCGAUUCCACUUCCCCAGUCUUUUUUCCAGCAGCUCCGCCGAGUCCGCAGGACACAGGCGCUUCGGGUCUCUGUCCCAAUACGAACAGUCAUCCGCAGAGAUACAGCCAUUGCAAGACGAGCCGAUCGGCGGCAACAGAAACCUCGCGAACAAGGAUUCGGGCUUUCUGGACUGGUACGUUGAAGGGCCGGGACGACGAGUUGGUUACGAUGAUCUUACGGCCAUCGAUUGGAUUUUUGAAUAUACCAAGGAGCGACAAAGGAAGAGGUUGCUGUAUGCGAACGGACAGGGCGUCGUUGGAUAUCUGCGCAAGGUCCUGGACUCGAGUAAUGUCUGGAUUGUCCUGAUUGCGACGGGCGUCUUGGUUGGAAUCAUUGCCGCUUGCAUUGAUAUCAGCAGCGACUGGCUCGCGGAUCUUAAAACGGGCUAUUGCAGGAAUGGCCCGGGUGGAGGCAGGUUUUACCUGAAUCGAAGCUUUUGUUGUUGGGGCCACGAUGAUGUCUCCAACUGCUUAGACUGGACGCCGUGGAGGAAGGCCUUGGGGGUCACCUCGUCAGGUGGGGGGUAUACCGUGGAGUAUCUCUUCUAUGUGCUUUACUCUGUGUUUUUCGCUGUUUGUGCAUGUAUCCUGGUUAGGAGCUACGCCAUCUAUGCAAGACAUAGUGGUAUUCCUGAGAUCAAAACUGUUCUUGGCGGCUUUGUCAUAAGGCGCUUCAUGGGGCCUUGGACACUUGCCAUCAAGUCCUUGGGUCUGUGCUUGUCUGUUGCAUCUGGUCUGUGGCUUGGCAAAGAAGGCCCCCUUAUUCACGUGGCAUGCUGCUGUGCCAGUGUCAUCAUGAAGCCAUUCCACAGUCUGAAUCAUAAUGAAGCGAGGAAACGUGAGGUUCUUUCUGCGGCCGCGGCCGCAGGUGUUUCUGUUGCUUUUGGGGCUCCUAUUGGAGGUGUCCUGUUCAGUUUAGAACAACUGUCCUAUUAUUUCCCCGACAAGACCAUGUGGCAAAGCUUUGUCUGUGCCAUGGUGGCUUCGGUCACCCUGCAUGCGCUCAACCCGUACCGCACCGGUAAUAUCGUGCUCUACCAAGUCAAAUAUACACGUGAAUGGCAUCGCUUUGAAAUGAUCCCAUUCAUUAUUCUCGGCAUUGUGGGUGGCCUCUAUGGGGCGUUUCUCAUUCGAUUGAACAUGAGAAUCACGAAAUGGAGACGGUCCCGAAGCAUCGCCCGGCCACUGAUCGAGGUGGCUGCUGUGGCUCUUUUGAGCGCCCUGAUCAACUUUCCCAAUCUAUUUAUGAGAGCCCAAAACUCAGAGCUCGUCCAUUCGCUAUUUGCCGAAUGCGGGACCGGAACUACCAAUACGGAUCCUUUUGGCUUCUGCAAGUCUGAUGCUGCCUCUGCUGGAACGGUUGCUCUUUUGCUUUUAGCUGCAAUUCUUGGUUUCUUCCUUGCCUCGGUCACCUUUGGACUGGACAUACCCGCUGGUAUCAUCCUUCCGUCGGUCGCUAUCGGUGCCCUAUACGGGCGUGCUUUGGGCAUGACUUUCCGGAUGUGGCAGGAAGCCUUUCCCAAAUUCUUCCUGUUCAGCAAAUGUGAACUGGAUACUCCAUGCGUGACCCCGGGCAUAUACGCGAUCAUCGGCGCGGCAUCGGCACUGGGUGGCGCCACGAGAAUGACCGUCUCAAUCGUGGUCAUCAUGUUCGAGCUCACCGGCGCGUUGACCUAUGUCAUUCCCAUCAUGAUUGCAGUCAUGCUGUCCAAGUGGUGCGGCGAUAUCUUCGGGAAACGCGGGAUCUACGAGUCCUGGAUUCACCUCAACCAAUACCCCUUCCUGGACCACCGUGACGACACAACCCCCCCAGAUGUCCCCGCCCACAAGGUUAUGACCGCUCUCGACGACAUGACAGUCAUCGUUGCCGUUGGCCACACCAUCGCCUCCCUCCGCAACCUCCUCCUGACAACCUCCUACCGCGGAUUCCCCGUCAUCACCGAUACCUCCAACCCAAUCUUACUCGGAUACAUCUCGCGCAACGAGCUCGCCUACGCCCUGAAAUACUCCACCUCCCCCUCCGCAGACCACUCCCUCUCCGGCGAAACCCAGGUCUUCUUUACCCACCAGCCAUUCGCCGAUCCCGCUGAAACCCUGGACCUCCGCCCGUGGAUGGACCAAACCCCCAUCACUCUCAACAGCAGCACGACCUUCCUGAUCGUCCUGCGCAUGUUCCAGAGACUUGGCCUCCGCUACGUCCUCUUCGUGAACAAGGGCAUUCUCCAGGGUCUGCUCACUAAGAAGGACAUCUGGUCGGUGGUCACCCGGCCCUCGUCUCACAAGGACGACGACGCCUUGCGUGAUCGAACGUUCGAUCUGGGUGAUACCGCUGAGGAGGUCGGCUUGCUGGAAAGUGAUGAGACAAGUCUGGCUAGUACUAUUGAAAGACAGCAGUCGUUUUGAUCUACCCUACCUAUUUACUCCCGAGGAUCAUUGGCAUCAUAUCUUCAUCAUCAUAUAUCCUUUGAAAUCUACCGCACAUGUCAUGGCCUGUCUGUCUACCUACCUACCUACCUACCUACCUACUACCUGCUUUGUGGACUCGUGACGAUGUCGACGUCUUUCCUUCUCUUCUCUUUUCUUUUCUUUUUCUUCGUCUCGAUAUCUCUCAUCUUGCUACUUACCUACCUACCCACCUACCUACCUACUUACCUAUUUUGAAUGUUCUUGUAGCUAGCUGCCAAUGAACCUUUCCCCUCAACUUUCAGAGAGAGAGAGAGAGAGAGAGAGAGAGAGU